AUGCCACGGUACGCAUCGCUAAUGCUACAUUCAUCAAACUGGCAAUCACGAUUAAUGGCACGAAUCGAACUUGAAAUCGAUAUUGUUAUUAGCAAACUGUCCGAGCAAUACAAACAAAUUGAGGAAGCAGCCGAUAUGCUGAACGACUUUGUUACAGCUGAUUGCCAGUCUCAAAUGGUUGCACCAUCGUCUUACCUUCGAGAAGAUCUUCAGCAUCUUCUAUCAUGCCUUAUGAUGGAAGUAAUGAGAUGGUUUGAAAUGCACGACAAGAUGCUUUAUCCUGCGGUUAUUACACCUAUGAAGCCAAAUGAUAAAGUGGAAAAAGUCAUUGCGCACUGCAUGCAAAGUUUGAAAGCUAUCACAAAUAAUGAAUCCAAAAAAUCCUCUUGA